UACAUUUCAACACCCUAACCCCCCAACCCCCACCCCCAUCUUAUAUGUCAACGGUCAGAACCGAAGGCUACCUUCUCCUCUAUAUAUAUUUAUCCUACCAGUCUCCUUGAGCCUAUCCUCCCCUCCAUAUAUAUCCUACUAAUCUCCUUCAGCCAUCCAUACAUAUAUCCAUCCAAUCUCUCUCUCCCUCAUCAAUUGCCAAAAAAAAGGGGAAAAGAAAAAGAAGUCCUGUACAUCUCUCCAUCGCUUCUCUCUCUCUCUCUCUCUCUCUCUCUCUCUCUCUCUCUCAACCACUAAAUAUAUAGCACUUUUUUUCCUUCUUCUUCUUCUUCUUGGCUCGCUGCGCUUUGGUCUUGUCCAAGAAGUAAAUCAUGAGCCCUGCAAAAUUCCGCGACCAUCAUGGCCAUGCAAGCAAGGAAACAAUCAACGGCCCACGUCCAUCCCCAUUGAAGAUCAACAAUGGCUCCCGUUUCACACACAAGACCUCCUACUCCUCUUCCUCCUCAGUUUCAUCAGCCUUGUCUUCCGUGGCCGAAGCCGCCUCCGAUGCCCCGGCGGCGGCCGGCCACAAGCAUCGGAACCCAGUCAUCAUCUACACCCAUUCCCCCAAGAUCAUCCACACGCAGGCUCGCGAUUUCAUGGCCUUGGUGCAGAGGCUCACCGGCCCGUCCCGCUCCGAACGCAAGACUAAAACUACAGCCCAAAACAAUGCCCUCCAAGCGCUGGCGCCGACGCCAGAACAGAAGAUUGCUGCCGGAAUACCUGUCGAUGAGAACGAGUCGUCGUCGGUUCUUACAGACGAGAGCAGCGGUGGCAUCGUCGGUGACGCGGCUCAGGUGACCUCGCCGUCGUCUGCUUCUCUGAUCUUCAACCUGCCGGCGAACCCGUUCAUCGCGGACAUGCCUCUGUUCACGCCGACCUCGCCGGAGUUCUUCCGUUCGUCUCAGCCGCUUUAUAGAUAUUCCGAUCCGGUGAUGCCGCCGGCGAGCAUGAGUAGCUCUAUGGCGACGCCGGUUUGGGAGAUUAUGAAGGGAUUCCCGGAAUGUUGACAUGCAGUGACUAAUUAGAUGGUCAUUUUUCUUUUUUUGCAAAUGAAAUGAUGGCGAUAACUAAUCCUUUCUAGAUUGAAAAUAUAGUUCGGCCGCCCUCAACUUAAAUUUUUUGUUUAUAUUUCAAAUUUUAAUUUACCAUGUUUAUGACCAGAGAGAUUGAUCAAGUUCAGAUACCCAGCUAGGUACACAAACAGCGGCAAAUUAAAUGUGAAUUAUAGGAUUUAUAUUUAAAUGAUUCUUUGGGACCAUCCAAGGAAGAUGGAUCUCUCUCAGGUCGGGAUAAUGGUAUAGUAUUUCAAUUCUUCGGUGGCCGACUUCUGAUUUUUAUGUUUGAUUAUUAAAA